UUUAAAACCAGUAAGGUGUCAGGUCUUGGGAGGAACGACCAGCCCUAUCUGAAGUCUUGCAUCAGCCUCUGACCAACUCGGGUGCUUGUUUUAAGGGAAGAGGGUACUAGGUUUUUACCAACAAAGAGCUCAGGUAGGAGAUGGAACCGGUACCAUCAGAGGGAGGAGAAAUGAUGGACAGCGAGAACAAGUCUUUUUAAUUUUUAAAGCCUUUAAAUGAUUUCUUCAAGGCCAAACAGCAGCAACAAAGGUAUAAUUUUAAUCGCUUAAGAGGGCUUUGGCGACACCUAGAAUGAAGUGACUGUAUGCUAAUCAAGCAAAGAGGGACCCCACUAUGCCCCCGUUUAUAAUCCUUUCCCAGUUCCUUUUUGCUGGUCAUGAAACUAUGCUCAUCAAUCCCACCUAAACAGGAGACAAGGAGGCCAGCCUUUUGUGGACACGGGGUGUAACUGCCCUCCUCUUCUGCCCCCCGAAACAAAAUAGGAUUCUUCGAAGAAGGAAGCCAAGGAAGGUCUAAGACGUCUGUCUGGACAGAGAACGUGCAUAGUGAGGAUCAAACGACGAUCAAACGCAGCAGAGAAGGACCUGAGGGAAGGAGGAGAGGAAGUAGGUCCAAAAUGGGCUUGCCGAAGGGUCUCCUCAGAGCAAGAAACCUGCUGCUGGGCAUCUUCGUUCCGCUCCUGCUGCUGCCUCUGCCCAUCCUCCAUCCCAGCAGUGAGGCUGCAUGUGCUUACGUGUUGAUCGUGACUGCUGUGUACUGGAUCUCCGAGGCAGUGCCUCUUGGAGCUGCAGCUCUGGUGCCCGCCUUCCUCUACCCAUUCUUCGGGGUGCUCCGAUCCAGUGAGGUGGCAGCUGAGUACUUCAAGAACACGACGCUGCUGCUGGUGGGUGUCAUCUGCGUGGCGGCCGCCGUGGAGAAGUGGAACCUGCACAAGCGCAUCGCUUUGCGCAUGGUCAUAAUGGCCGGAGCCAAGCCCGGCAUGCUGCUGCUCUGCUUCAUGUGUUGCACCACGUUGCUGUCCAUGUGGCUCUCCAACACCUCCACCACCGCCAUGGUGAUGCCCAUUGUGGAGGCUGUGCUGCAGGAGCUGAUCAGUGCCGAGGACGAGCAGCUUGUGGAGGGGAACUCCAGCAUUGAAGAGGCUGAGCCCAUCAGUCUUGAUGAAAACAAAAGCCAACCUUCUCUGGAACUCAUCUUUGUCAAUGAAGACACACCAGCUGCAGACUUCACGUCUCUGAUGCAGAACAAGAACCUGAAUGGAGUGCCUACAAUCACCAGACCCAUCAAAACAGCAAACCCACAGGGCAAGAAGCAGCACCCAUCCCAGGAAAAGCCACUAGUCCUGACCCUCAACCCCAGGAACCAGGAGCUGAACAGAAAGUACAGAUCCCAGCAUGACCAAAUGAUCUGUAAGUGCCUCUCCCUGAGCAUAUCCUACGCUGCUACCAUUGGGGGACUGACCACCAUCAUUGGCACCUCCACCAGCCUCAUUUUCCUAGAACACUUCAACAGCCAAUAUCCAGCCGCAGAAGUAGUAAACUUUGGGACCUGGUUCCUCUUCAGCUUCCCCAUAUCCCUUAUCAUGCUGGUGGUCAGCUGGUUCUGGAUGCACUGGCUGUUCCUGGGCUGCAAUUUUAAAGAGACCUGCUCUCUGAGCAAGAAGAAGAAGACGAAGAGGGAAGAGUUGUCUGAGAAGAGGAUUCAAGAGGAAUAUGAAAAGCUGGGAGACAUUAGCUACCCUGAAAUGGUGACUGGGGUUUUCUUCAUCUUGAUGACUGUUCUGUGGUUUACACGGGAGCCUGGCUUUGUCCCUGGCUGGGAUUCUUUCUUUGAAAAGAAAGGCUACCGCACUGAUGCUACAGUCUCUGUCUUCCUGGGCUUCCUCCUCUUCCUGAUUCCAGCUAAGAAACCCUCCUUUGGAAAAACGAAUGACGGGGAGAACCAGGAGCCCUCAGUGGGAAUGGAGCCCAUCAUUACGUGGAAGGACUUCCAGAAGACCAUGCCCUGGGAGAUUGUCAUUCUGGUGGGAGGAGGAUAUGCUCUAGCUUCUGGUAGCAAGAGCUCUGGCCUUUCCACGUGGAUUGGGCACCAGAUGUUGUCCCUGAGCAGCCUCCCACCAUGGGCUGUCACCCUGCUGGCAUGUGUCCUGGUGUCCAUUGUCACAGAGUUUGUGAGCAACCCAGCCACCAUCACCAUCUUCCUGCCCAUCCUGUGCAGCCUUUCUGAAACGCUGCACAUUAACCCACUCUACACCCUGAUCCCAGUCACCAUGUGCAUCUCCUUUGCAGUGAUGCUGCCUGUGGGCAAUCCCCCCAAUGCCAUCGUCUUCAGCUAUGGGCACUGCCAGAUCAAAGAUAUGGUGAAAGCUGGUCUGGGGAUCAAUGUCAUUGGUCUGGUGAUAGUAAUGGUGGCCAUCAACACAUGGGGAGUUAGCCUCUUCCACCUGGACACAUUUCCAGUCUGGGCUAAGGUCAGUAACAUCACUGAUCAGGCCUAACACAAGUGAGGAAAUGUGCCCAACUAAAGGAGCUGCCAGCACCUGGCAAAAUCUGAACCACAGGCCAAGAAAACCAACAAGAGCACACACCCAGCCCCUGAUCAAAGCCUGGAGGCAACUCCUCAUCCAAACUCUAGGCUACCUACAACCUCAAGUGAAAUGCAAGAAAUCAGCAACCAAGGAUACAUACUUGGAUGUUUAUGUCUUCUUUCCUGCCCUCCUUCCUUAUCAACAUCUCUUAAGAAAACCUAAAUUUUUUCUUACUUCCUUCUAUCUAGUCUCUCCAAUUGAUUCUCUCUGAAUACCAGAAAAGGAGCCUUACUUUCAGUUGCCCCUGACUGGCCUCACCAGGUUAUGUUUUUAACACCUUUUUAGGAGUGGAAGGAGAAAUCCAAAUCAUUCUACCUAAACACAGAUAGUAAAACAAGUGACAUCUCCUCUUUUGGGGGAAAACGUCACCCAGAAUUUGAUCUAUAACAUCAGCUUCUUUCUCCUAAGUGUUUCUAUCCUAAGCUCUCUCCACAAAAAGACAAUUCUUAUUAGUUCUUCUUUGUGACAAUCAGUACUCUUUUAUCACUACUUUGGUUCCCUUUCAGUGUCUCUCUUUAAUGGCUUCCCUUUACCUUGGCACCAAAUUCCUGUAAAGAAAUGAUGUUCCUCCUUAGAAAGAGGCUAAUGCUGUUCUGUGUCAAAGAGAAAGGAAGUAGAAAAAGAAGACACAUUGAGAUUACUAUCUCUCUUCACCAGCACUAAGUACAAAUACUAUCACAUUGGUUAAGUGCUAGGAAGGAGAAAAAACAUUCAUAUAUGUCUUAUUAGGGAGUCCCAGACUGUAAGUAAGACCACAGAACUCUGGUCUUCCUUCUAGAUAUAAUGAGUAGUUCUUUGCUGAGAAAACAAAAUCCUCAGUAGGUUCACAAAGAGCAAAGAGCUCCAAACAAAUCAGUAACUGCCUACCAGUCAGUGAGCAUCUUGGGGGGAGGGGCGUGUCUCUUGAAGUUGUCCCCCAGCAACUUAUACAAUGUAGUAAGCUGUAACUGCUCAAUAACUAUUACCUGUGAAAAAAAUCAUUUUGGAAAUCAAGGCCUCCUUCUUCCUCCUGAAGAUCAUGCCAUCUUCUCCAUAACAAAGGUCCUUGCUACAUAACUGGAUAUAGCUCCCAAUCUCUCCAGUUUGCUAGCAUUAAGUAUUUCUGAUUUCCAUCAUCAGUUACUUGCAAAAUAUACCUUAUGGGAAAAGGAGUCCCCAUAGUUACUGCACUGUUUUUUAAUUGAUUUUAAGUUACUAUUGCUAGCAUGUGUUGUUUCCCCAAAAUAACUUACCAAUAAAAAUCACUCAGUUUGUCAAAUGUUUAUGAAUUGUAAAGUUUCUUUUGUGCCUUUCAUCACUUGCACACACUAGCCACAGCAUAUGAUUGAUCAGGUUCAAAUGGGAAUACUGGAGAACCUAAGAUGGUGGCUAGGUGAGACAGGGCAAAAAAAUACCUCCGUGAAAAAUACUAGAUAAAAACCAGAAA